CCAAGUACUUGGUGGACUUCAUCCCAGCAUCUGUACCUGUGACUUACGUUAGUCCGCUCGCCUUGGCGAAGAAGCUGAGUGACGAGAUGCUGGAUAAUGAUUCCAUCAAAGAGAUGGGACAUGGGCUCUCUAGGCGAAGACGAGACUCUUUGGAUGCAUGUCAACUUGCAGGGCAACACUGGGAACUAUCAUGCCUUUCCUCGCCAGGUAAAGAAGCGUGAUAGGGCCGUAUUGCGGAAGGAGGAACGCGCGUCGCUUGGGAAUCUUACUCGAUCGCAACGCGACACGAUCAUUUCAGUUGGUCAUCGGGUCAACUAUUCAAGGGACUGGAUACGGAGUUGGUUGUGGAGGCUGCUCAAAGCCCUGGCGUACGUGGAGGGUGUCUUAGAUCCACCCAUGGUCGAUAGCAUCAUUGCAGAGUGUCAGCUACGACCCCCUGUACAUGAGGCAGAUGGCUCUCCCAGCGUGGAUCCCUCCACAUGUUUGAAAUCUUGAGCAGCAGUAGGACAAUGUAUCGCACGCCCGGAAUUGGGUCAUUGUCAGACAGUAGUACAUGUAUUUGUC